CCGUCGUCGGAUCUGAGUUCCUUGAAACUCACUUUCUCCGAUCUACUUCUCACUCUGUCUUGUUGUGGUUUGGAUUUAUCGGAUCCAGGGCGGGCAUUUUCAUUUUCAGAUGGGAAUGCCCGAACGAUGAGCAAAUCUGGCAACGAAGACGAAGAAGACAACGGUAACGACUGUUUCUACGAGUCUCUUGAUCGUAUUCUAUCUUCAACGACUUGUUCUUCUUCUUCUUGCUCAGACGACGACCAAGAGGAUACCGACUUGUACCGAAGGGAUCUCAAUUGCAGUACUAGUCCUGGUAAUAAUGCUCCCGGACAUCCGUUACCGAUCCCUAAAUUCCCAAUGGGGGUUACUGGAAACUAUGAUGUCUGGAUAUCACAACCUUCAUCUGUUGAAGAACGCCGUUUGCGGUUGCUCCGGCAGAUGGGACUUAGCCGUGACCCUUCCAUUUCGAGACAUAAACCUUCGCCGUCGGUUUCAUCUGCCGCCGACUCAAAGUUGGGUAAGUCUGUCUCAGCAGAUCACUUAGAUAGUGAAGCUACUAAUGCUCAUCAUGUUUCUGGUUCUAAUUCUAACCCUGCAAUCAUCCGAUCCAAGUCUGCUGAUCACGAACAUCGUGAUUUUAAUUCUAAUUCGCAUUCGAAUUCGUCUCAUGAAAUUCUUUUUUUUAAUUCAAUGUCUUCGCCGGCGGUUGAUGCUGCGUCAUCGGCAAAUGUAAAUAAUAACGUUGAUAAACAUGUUCUAGUUAAAUCGCCAAGCGUCGGCAAUGUAUCUCCUGUGGUCAAUGCUAAUGCUGCUUCACCCAGUAAGCCGCCCACCGGUAAAAUUCUCAGGCGUAGCGAGGAGAUUGUUAGGUGUGAUCUUUCCACAAGUUUGAACUUGAAUGUUAAUAGUAAUGAUGGUGAUGUAGCAGGGAUGGAUUUGGAUUGUGUUAGGGAUGGUGAUGAUGCAGUGUGUACAAUUAAGAAUCUUGAUAAUGGGAAGGAGUUUGUGGUCAAUGAGGUUAGAGAGGAUGGGAUGUGUGAAAAUCUUAAGGAAGUUGGUACGGGCCGACAUUUAACCAUGGAAGAGUUUGAAAUGUGUGUUGGGCACUCGCCGAUUGUUCAAGAAUUGAUGAGAAGGCAGAAUGUCGAGGCUGGUAACAACGAUUUGCCUGAUUCCAAAGGUAAUAGCAGUAGUGGGGGUGGAUCCAAAAUAAAAAAGAAAGGGAGUUGGUUGAAGAGUAUUAAGAAUGUAGCCAGUUCGGUUACCGGUCAUAAAGAGAGACGGAGCAGUGAUGAGAGAGAUACAUCAUCAGAGAAGGGUGGAAGAAGGUCGAGCUCUGCAACCGAUGAUAGUCAGGAUGUUUCCUUCCAUGGCCCAGAGAGAGUACGGGUUCGACAGUAUGGGAAAUCAUGCAAAGAUCUUACGGCACUUUAUAAGACCCAGGAGAUUCAGGCUCACAAUGGUUCUAUCUGGACCAUCAAGUUCAGUUUGGAUGGCAAAUAUUUAGCUAGUGCGGGCGAGGACUGUCUCAUCCAUGUGUGGCAAGUUGGUAGCUCGGAUAGAAAAGGCGAUCUUUUAUUUGAUAAACAGGAAGAUGGAAAUUUGAAUGUCUUAUUGAUGUCUAACGGCUCGCCAGAACCAACCUCAUUGUCUUCAACUUUGGACAGUGUACCUGAAAAGAAGAGAAGAGGAAGGCUAUCUAUAAGCCGAAAGUCUAUAAGCUUGGACCAGAUUCUGGUGCCAGAUACUAUGUUUGCACUGUCGGAAAAACCAGUAUGCUCCUUCAACGGACAUCUGGAUGAUGUGCUUGACCUGUCCUGGUCCAAAUCUCAGCAUUUACUUUCAUCCUCCAUGGACAAAACAGUGCGGUUGUGGCAGUUGUCUAGCAAGUCAUGCUUGAAGAUCUUUUCUCAUAGCGAUUAUGUGACUUGCAUCCAGUUUAAUCCUGUUGAUGAUAGAUACUUCAUCAGUGGAUCUCUAGAUGCCAAGGUGCGCAUAUGGAGCAUUCCUGAUCGACAAGUUGUUGAUUGGAAUGAUCUGCAUGAGAUGGUCACUGCUGCUUGCUAUACACCAGAUGGUCAGGCUGCACUAGUUGGUUCAUACAAGGGGAGCUGUCGUUUGUACAACACAACUGAAAAUAAGUUGCAGCAGAAGAGUCAGAUUAACCUGCAGAAUAAGAAGAAGAAGCCACACCAUAAAAAAAUCACUGGUUUUCAGUUUGCUCCAGGCAGUUCAUCGGAAGUGCUCAUCACAUCUGCAGAUUCACGAAUUCGUGUCGUUGAUGGUGUUGACUUGGUUCACAAGUUCAAAGGAUUUCGCAACACAAACAGCCAAAUCUCCGCCUAUCUGGCUGCAAACGGAAGAUACGUGGUUUGUGCUAGCGAGGAUUCUCAAGUCUACGUCUGGAAACACGAAGGUGAUUCCCGUGCUAGUAGAAACAAAAGCGUCACCGUUACUCAGUCGUACGAGCACUUCCACUGUCAAGAUGUAUCAAUGGCUAUCCCUUGGCCUGGUAUAAACGACACCUGUUGGGGUUUCCAAGAUGGGUUUUCCGGUGAACCGAAUAGGCUAAGUGGGGACCACUUGGACGAGGUGUCCACCGCCAACCAUCCUCCGACACCUGAAGACAAAACUAACGGAAAAGACGGGUCCCCGUUAACUUCUGGUUGUAGCAACAGCCCACUUCAUGGAACCAUCUCUAGUGCCAGCAAUGGCUACUUCUUCGAUAGGAUCUCGGCCACAUGGCCCGAGGAAAAGCUGGUUCUGGCUACUAAGAACCGGAGUCCUCGGACCAGCGUUGACUAUACAAACGGGAUGAGCCCGGGAAAGUCAGCGUGGGGAAUGGUGAUCGUGACGGCUGGAUUACGUGGGGAGAUUAGAACAUUCCAGAAUUUUGGAAUGCCGGUUCGGAUAUAAGAAGGGUUGGAACCAUUGGUGUUGUGGAUGGUUGUACAGAUAGGUUCGACGAUUUGUAAUAUUAGCAGGAGAGUAUCGUUUUGUUUUUGUGCGACUUCUGCCCGUUCGAAUACGGAACCGAUGAAGGAGCCCGUUGGAUCGAGUAGGUAAAAAAUAGAAUCGUCAAGAAAAAUAACAAAAAAGAAAAAAGAAAAAGAAAAGAAGAGAAUACGGUGGGAGUUUAGAUGAAUUGUAGACUUGGAGAUAUUGAUUUGUAUUUUCACGAUUCAAUUCUUGUGUAUUCAGUCUUUUUAACUUAUUUUGUGUUGGUGGAA